CAAGGCCGCGCUAGGGCGCUGUAGCAGCCAGUGCCGCUGUCAUGGCGUCUGAGGCACUGGCUCUGGAGAACCGGUCGCGGUAUUUAUAGAGCGAGGGGCGGGCGGCCGGGUAUGGAGAGAGGCCCCGACAGCCUGAAGCCUCUAGAAGACGGGGUGGCGGCCGAGUCAGCGCCGGGGACAGGUUCUCCGCCGGCUGGGCGACCGGAGACCAGGCUCGCCGCUGGGGAUGGUCCUGGAGUAUGGGCGGCGGAGAGCGGCGACGGGAAUGGGCAGGGGGCGGCGGCUGCCCGGAGGAGCCUCCCGGACUCGGCUUCCCCAGCCGGCCCUCCGCAGGUUGCGGGACUGUGCAGCUCCUUCCCGGGCUCGGACUCGAAGGGGAUUGCUUUGGAGAGUCCUGCUCCUGCGAAGGCACCUCUGAGAGGGCAGCACAAGGUGACCGCCUUCCCGGAGACAGCCGAGGCCGGAGCCGGCCUUGGGUCGAGCCCGGCGGGAGACGCGGGAGUCCGCCCGGAGCCCGGCCUCACCUGCCAGGCAGCCUCCGGCUCCGAGGAGCCCAGCAGCGCCGGUGGCCUGAGCAGCAGUGGCAGCGACCCGAGCCCCCCUGGGGAGUCGCCCAGCCUGGACUCCCUGGAGUCGUUCUCCAACCUGCAUUCUUUCCCCAGUAGCUCCGAGUUCAAUAGCGAGGAGGGACCGGAGAACAGGGUCCUCGAGGAGGAGGAGGGCGCCGCGGUGGUGCCCGGGGCUGCCCCUCUGUGCAGGGAGGAGGACACCGCUCAGGUGUUGGCGGCCUCCAAGGAACGCUUCCCGGGACAGUCUGUGUAUCACAUCAAGUGGAUCCAGUGGAAGGAAGAGAACACACCCAUCAUCACCCAAAAUGAGAAUGGACCCUGUCCUUUGCUGGCCAUCCUCAAUGUUUUGCUUCUGGCCUGGAAGGUGAAACUUCCACCAAUGAUGGAAAUCAUAACUGCUGAGCAGCUGAUGGAAUAUUUAGGUUAGUGUUGAA